AUGGACCUCGAAGCCAGUCGAUCACCAACUUCCUCGGUUAUCACUGCGUCGCCCAAGACGACGCAAAGCAGCCCUUCGAGCGCUGGAUCCAGCGACACCUUUGCAAAGGCCGAAGCAACCGCUCAAUACGAGUUCGCCAUCUCCGAUCCCAGGAACUGUGGCAUAACUCUGCACUACCUCGCGACCGGCUUUACAUCGGGGGCUGCAAAUGCCAUCCUCUUCAAUGUGAUGGCAGGCUACCUGAAUGUUCCCAGUGACACCAUCAAGGCUGGAGCGAACCUCGCCGAACUUCCCACCGUCUUCUCCGUCCUACUGGGCAUUCUGCUCAUGGUGGAGUAUGCCAAGGGAGAGCCGCUGGAGCGCCGCGGUCGUGCACAAACUUUGCUUCAGAUGUUCCACAUGACCGGAUACUUCAUCUCUCUGACGAUCGUAGCCUUCGGCUUCACUGGGCGUAUGUUCACGGGCAGCUUCAGCCAGCUAAACCAGCUCAGCUAUGAGCAAGCUGUGGCCAUUCUUGCUAUGGUGUGCUUGGUGACAGGUGUUGCCUGCAUCUUCAACGUUCAAGAGCGACCGGGGGGAAGAUCCUCCAUUCGCGGGUACUGCCGGUCUUCAUGGCAUCUGCUGGAAAGCAAGGUGAUGAGCCCAAGUGGCGCGACGGCUGCGGAUGACAGGUGGUUCACGCGGCUGGGCGAAUUUGUACGACAGGCAACAGUGAUUUCACAGAGCCGGCCAGGAAUUGAGGCGACCGUUGUGCAGGAGACGGUGUUUUCUCCGGGUGGAACUCGCAGAGAUGGCGGCGCAGGCUCCACAGCUGUAUGGUCCGAGACCUCAGACAGGGGCAGCUUCGGAUACUUGGGAUCCUACACCAAGGAGCAGCUGGAGUCAGAGGUUGUGAGUCAAGCCAACGUGACAACAAGCAUGGGAAAAGGGUUCACGCAGCAUGUUGCGGAUGAGGACAUGGGCGUGAGCAUGGGGGUCUUCCAAAGGAUCCUAAUCGUGAUACUGUACCAGGAGGCGGACGAGCAGGCGGCGAUCAACGUUGGUGAUUGGCUGCAUGGCUUGGCAGGCCCGAUGGGAGACCUAACGGAUGGAAGUUCGAAGUGGUGGGCAGAGGUCAUGAUGUCUUUGGACCGCUUAAACCAGGAUUAUAUGUCGGUGCCUACGGUGCGGAAGGUGCAACUACGGGCCGAGGACUAUGCCACGGCGGAGCUUCGCGACAGCAAGUGGCUGCGUUUGGACAAGAGAGCGGCUAGCAUGUUGCUCCAAGCUGUGCCGGAGAGCCUGAAGAACGAGCUCAUGGCCAGCCGGUUGAGUACCACGAUAGGCAUUCUGGGCCUCAUACUGGUCAUCUACAGACCAGGAUCAGCUGCGGAACGACAACAAGUUCUACGGGCACUGGAGAAUCCAGGCAGCGGGUCUACGGCCUCAGAUCUGGUCGAGGUCUUGCGAAAGUGGAUGCGUUGGUUGCGGCGAGCUCAAGACUUGGGACUACAAGUUCCGGACGCCAGCAUAUUAUUGAAGGGCCUGGACACAGCAGCACGACCGCAACUCGAAAAGAACCCGGAAGUAGUGUUUCGAAGCAAUAUGAUGAGGUUUAGUUUGGACCUGGAUUCGGCGCCGAACCUGGAUAACAUACUUCGGUACCACGGGCGCCUGCUGGCGGAGUUCGAGCAGUUGUCUUUCCGAGGAAGAACGAGAACUUCAGGUGUAUCGGUUCCUGUGGUUAAGAACGUCAAUGCCUCAACGGAUGUGGGAGGUUCAUCUACACCAAAGACGGGAACCUCUCCUAGUGCUGGGUCUACAUCCAAGCCCUGCAAGUUUUACUUAUCCGACACCGGGUGCCAACGGCAAAAGUGCAAGUUUGUACACGAUUGGCAAAGUGUACCACGAGAAGAUCGGAAUGACAAGUGCAAGGGCUGUGGCGGACGAGGGCAUCUCAAACGGAGUUGUCCUAUGAGGCAAGAUGGAGACGGAAGUGGAAAGGGAGACUCUGGGAAGGGUUCAGGGCAGCCAAGGGUCAAGAACAUGAGCCAAGAUAAACGUGAAGAUGGUACUAUGCCCUCGAAUGACACCACAACCUCCUCUACUACAUCCACGGGUCCUAUGACAACGAGCUCCAAUUCGACAGCCUCAGGAUCGGGACCACCCACGAUGACCUCAGCAGGCGCAAGCAAUGAGGACUUCCUGAAAAGCGCAACCCAGAUCCUUAAGAUGAUGGCGGAGCAAUCGGCCUCGGCGGCUUCUACGUCUAUGCCGUCUAUGAAAAUGCUGAAGAAGGCGGUAACGGAAAUGGAGGCGAGGAUGGCUUUGGUGGAUUCUGGCGCGACCCACCCACUACGCAAGGCUCGAGUACCAGAGUGGGAACGAGCACCAGAAGUGGAUGUGGUGGUAGCAGGAGACAGCGUGGCAAAGAUGAGACAGAAUGAAACCGGCACCUUGUUGACCUCGCCGGGAUCUACAUCGUCUCAAACCAUCUUGCCAGUGGGAAGCCUGGUCAAGAUCUUAGGCUAUGAACUGGUGUGGACGAGACGGAAGUGUACUUUGAGAGCGCCGGACGGCAGGGAGAUACCGCUGAGAAUUUCCUCGGGUUGCCCUGAGAUCAGUGAAGCUACGGCUCUGGACUUGAUCGCCAAGAUUGAGGAGGAGAAGGUUACCCAGCUGAGGGAGAAGGCGGAGAUCACCAGGGUGGCGACGUUGAGGUCCCAGGGAAUUGCUCAGUCGGAACAAUGGGAGUCCUGUAUGAAGGAGUAUGUCAGCACGGGGAAGUUUGAGGAUGGCUUUCGAGCAAUGGUCUCUAUGCCUUGGCUUUGCAAUGUUCCACGAGAAGAUUUGGUGAAGGUCGUCAUGGACAUACCGUCUACGGAGACUGAGGCCUGGGAACUUAUGAAAGCAGUGGGCUUCAACCGGCGGAUGCGAAAGCGCCUGAUUCACAAGGAUUGGGUCCUCAAGCUCUACUCUGGUAGGAGAUCGCAGGCUGACAAGAUCCUACGCCCUAUGGAGUCCAACAACACCGUGGUGUUGGAUGUUGACGAGCUGAGGAACUCAGCGUGGGAUGUUCUAAAGGAUGGGAGCGGCAUCUAUGAGCUUCUACUUUGGGGAGCAGCUACGGGGAGAAUCGCUGGAGUGCUGGCGGCGCUACCGAGGGAGCAAUCUACGGAGCAUCUUCUACGACUCAUGACUAUGAUAGAGGUGGCCAAUCAAGGUCGCAAAGAGAUGUGUCGCGCAGUGGAUAUUCCCAAUGAUGGCGUUGCUGUCUCUUUGUGGGCGUCUUCGGAGGCGGAGGAGGACCUGAGCGCGCAGGCCUUUCAGAAGGAGUGGUUUAAGAAGUGGAUUAUGGAGGCGAUGUUGGACAAGUUGCACUUCGAACAAGGAGGUUUGGGUCACCCGUCCCGACGGCCUACCACUAUGGUGACCAACAUGGACAUCACGGAGCUUCGUGGGGUUCGUGAUGAGCGUAAGGAGGAGUCCACCUGGGGUACGUGGUCUACAUGGGCACCUAUGAUGCUCCACAUCCUUGCACGGGGGUGGAAACGGUGGAAACUUCGACCAGGAUGGUAUCCUCGCAUGGUUAAGGCGCUCAAGGAGGUGGACCGGAAGGCGUGGGAAAGGCAUUUGGCCAAUGAUCAUGUACCUCAUCGUCCCGACUGCGUGCAGUGCAUCCACAAUUCAACGGGCCGACCUCACCGACGGUGUCUACGUCGGGACUGCUAUGUGAUGAGUGCAGAUACGCUGGGUCCGGUUCGGAUUGCGGGGCCAAAGGGUGAGAAGUACGCUUUGGUGUUCACCUACCAGUAUCCCAAACAGAAACUGGGCACCGAGGACGAGGUGAUCAAGGAUGAGGACCUUGAUGGUUGGGAUUUGGAUGUGGAUGUGGAGCUGGCGGAGGGUGAUUCACAAGGGGAAGCAGGCAACCACGAAGAGGAGGCCGGCGAGGACAAUUUGGAGGAGUACGAACCAUCUAUGGCCGAGGAGUUUGACGAGCCGGGGCUGCCGGAGGAUGAUGUUGAAGUGAUGGGGCUUCGAGCAAUCAAGGGCAAAGCGGCCGAGCCAAAGGAAGACUGGUGGGAGUUUCGCGAGACUGCUGGUGUGCUAAUACGGCAUCACGAAGUUCCUCGUAAAACGUUGUUCAGACCUACGGCAGCCAACGGAUGUCCUGUUCUCCCAGCGAAGCUAGAGGAUACCCGGAUCACGGACAUCAAGUAUGUGGGAGGCGGUGUUGAAACAGAAACUUCGGAUUGGCAAGGACCUAAGUCUGGAGCUCGAUCGUUGCCAAGAAGCUGGACAGGAACUACGAGGUUCAAGAUAUCAGCCGCGGAGGUCCCAGAGGAUGAGGAGGUUCUCCAAAGGGACGAGGAGCAGUGGGAAAAGUUGAUUGGUGAUCUGACCAAGCCGGUGGAGAUGGAGACUCUCUACCUGGUUUAUCCAGUGCGGUCCAAGAGAGGAGGAGAUGCAAUGCUGGCUAUUCAGGAAGCGGUGCUACGUUUGAAGUUGUUGGGAUUGCCAGUGGCCCGACUACACACCGAUAGGGGGUCGGAAUUUGCCUCGCGAGGACUUCAUCGAUGGCUACUAGAUCACGACAUCUACCACACUCGCAGUGAAGCUUUGGUGCCUCAAACAAAUGGUGCGGCUGAAAGGGGGGUUCGAUGGUUCAAGACAAGGGCCAAGGUGUUGUUGGCUGAGGCAAACAUACCGCUUAAGUACUGGACUUUGGCGAUGCAACAUGCUGCAAACCGUCGACUACAUGAGCGACUGGGUCUCUCCAAGCCUAUGCUGUUACCGUUUGGUUGCAAAGUGAUGAUCAGGAGAAAGGUCUUCGGCAAUAACAAGAAGUAUGACCUCACGGACAGAUGGGAGGAAGGGAAGUACCUGGGCAUGUCGGACACCAUCAAAGGGGGCGCGGUAGUGUUGAGGAGUUCGGGCAUACUUACCGAGACGUUGAAUCUAAGGACGGGAGUGGUGGAUCCUCGAGCUCUACUUGCCGCGCAUGAAGAUGAUGGUGGGGGUGUUUUUGGCCCGGAAGAAGUUCCACUAAUUGAUCUACCUGAAGCUGAUCAUCGUCUAAGAGACAAACAAGGACCACCGGAGCUUCCCGUGGCACAUAAGGCAAUGGUGGGGGCGAAAGAGGACGAUUCCAAGAAGGUGAUUGGCGGAUGGAGGAUGCGUACCUUGGUGGAAAGACAAGAGCAGAAGGCCAAGUUGAUGUAUGACAUGGGCAAGUUUGACUUGGUUUCAUGUGCGGAGGUGUUGAACGAGAUGGACCUGGUGGGUACGUUGAAGAACAACAAAACUAGAGGGCCACAAGUCACUUCGAUGAUUCUGGGAGCCUAUGUUCAUGGAGGGAUGAGGGGAGUAACCAAGGCUGGCAAACGAAGACCCCACCUGACCAAGUACCUCAACAUGGUGUUGCGCACAAGAGUGGCAGAGGACCUGGGGGAAGAUGGGAGUUGGACUACACUUGGCAUCUUCAAGGCUACGGAUAUACCUCCUCACCGGGAUCUACGAAACCAAGCAGGUUCCUGGAACUACGUGAUCGAGAUCGGGUCAACGGUCAGUGGUGGACUUUGGGUUGCUGAGGGCGGAGAGGGCAACUCAAUACGUGGAGGCGGAAGUUCACAGCCACUAACAAGAGAACAACCAGACGGAAAGAUCGGCAACGGCACUUUGGUGGAAAUUGGUGGAAGGGUUGCGGCCUUCAAUGCAAAGGAGCUACAUUCUUACAUCAGUGAGGAGACGGAGCGCUGGAUUGUGGCGGCGCUUACUCCUUUGGGGGCAUCUACGUUGAGUACUUCUACGGCGGCGCAUCUCUCCAAGGCAGCGGACUAUGAGGUGGAGAAAAUAUUGGAGGCGCUUCCGGGGCCACUAGAAGUGGUGCAUAACGUUAGUCUACCAGAAGCACGCCGUUACUUGGAACGUUGGAAGGGAGCUAUCCUCAAGGAGGUAGACGCAUUGGUCAGCAGUGGCACAGUUCGGCGGCUUUCGGCAGAAAAAGCACGAGAAUUGAAGUCGAAGGGCAUGAUCAUCCUACCAGGCAAAGCAGUGUUUACGGCAAAGCCGCCGAGCGACCCUAACGAUGCGAAGGCGGGAAAAUACCGGCGCAAGUGCCGGAUCGUAGUCUGCGGCAAUUACUUGCCGGCAGACAAGGCCAACGUCUACGCAUCAGGCACAUCUGCCGACGGGCUACGACUGUCGGUUGCGUUUGCAGUUACAAGGUCCUGGAGAGCCGGAGCCACUGACAUUGCCAACGCCUUCACUCUCGCUCCCAUGCCGGGUGACAAGCUAUUUGGUAUGACCCCGCCCACGGUGGUAGCAGCUGCAGGAGGAGCGGCUGCUGGAGAAGUGUGGGGCAUUGAACGAGUUCUCUAUGGCUUGAGGGAAGCCCCCCGCUGGUGGGGGGUAUUCCGCAACGAACGACUAUCCAGUGCUCGCAUACCCAUGGACAACGAGGUCUUGAUCCUUGAGAGCUUGGAAACGGAGGAGAACAUGUGGCGAAUAAAGGUGGUGGGCAGCGACGAAAUCAGGGGGAUCCUCCUGAUUUACGUCGAUGACUUGUUGGUGUUGUCCAUCACCAAGAUCAUUGAGACUGUCUACAAAUGGCUCACUGAUGACUGGAAGUGCUCAACGUUACAAUGGAUGGAUGAAGAGCAUCUACGUUUUCUGGGAGUGGAGUUGAGGCCGAUGGGACAGGGCAUACACAUAUCCCAGGCUGGGUACAUAAGAGAUCUCCUACGUCAACAUGGCGUCGCUGAGAAGCCUGGGGCACUUACGGUGCCGUGCUUGCUCAGAAGGCCACGGGAGAACUGUUUGAACUACCUCUCCAAGACGGUCGAGUACGGACUACACUACGUCAGGGACGAGGAGGAGACGUUCCUGACGGUAUACUCGGACGCUUCGUAUGCUCCAGGCGGUGGACGUUCAUUUGGGUGUAUCAUGGCUCAGUUAGCAGGAAUGCCGAUAUGUUGGCGAGCAUCAAAGCAGCCAAUAAUUACGUUGUCGGUGGCAGAAGCAGAACUUUACGAAGCGGUUUCUUCAGUACAGCUUGGACUGGGGGUAGAAGCAAUGCUGAACGAGUUGGGGGAGAAACCGGUCAUGCACUUGAAGAUCGACAAUGCAGCGGCUCAGGGGCUUGCUUCAGAAGCUCCAGGGAGCUGGAAGACACGUCAUUUAAGACUACGUGCACGGUUCCUUCGACAAGAAGUUUCUGCCCAGCGGCUGACUAUUAGCCACGUGCCGGGCGAUCUACAAAAAGCAGACUUGGGAACGAACAGCUUCGAUGUUCCCAAGUUCAGAGCGUUGCUGGGGUUAUGGCGCAUCGUGCCCUAUGAGCUGGUGGAGAAUGCUGAGGUGGUUGUGAAGACGGCCAAGAAGCUCUCCAAUAAAAACAUCCUGAUGUUUGCGAUGGUUUGUUUUAUGAUGGUUCAAGGUGCUAGAGGUGAUGUCAAAGAGGACCUUCAGCUGGACAGCUCCCUGGAGUUCUACGUGAUUGUGGGUUUAAGCAUGGUGGCUUGUCGAGAUGACCCCUCCAGCGGCUACGAGUUCUACAAGGGCGUCGGGAAUUAUGCCACCGGGCCCAACUACGUGGACGGCUACUCCAGAGCGGCGAUCUAUGACGGAACCUGCAAGGUCUCCUACGCCAUGGCAAUGUCCUACAUCUACCCGUUCGGUGUCCACCCAGACCGAGGAGUGUUGAGCGCUCGAUGUUUGAUUGUGUCAACGAUAGCGGGAGCCUUCUGUGCCGUCGCACUGUUCUUCUUCGCAAACACGAGUAUCUUCAAUCUCAGCACGACUGCGAGAACGUGGGUGGCAUUGGAGUGGGCGAAGACCGAAAACAUGCAGCGGCAGAUUUCUGGCAUGUUGGCAGCCGUUCUCAGUUUUGUCGGAUGUUGGCUCACUCAAAAGUGGUUCCUGGGAGUCAGCUGGCGGAAAAUUAUAUGCGCCACUGGCAUCUUGACAUCACUCUUCGACUCAAUUCCGCAGUUCUGCACCAUCUUCGAUGUGAUCCGGAACCAGUACUUUUACCUUGGCGAGCCUCUCACACAGAACGUGCCUCAAGCCAUGGCGGCUCUCGUGACCACUUUCUUAAUCAACGAGCUUGCAGACGACAGUAACUGCGCAUUGGUGGCCGGUCUCAUGAACACGAUUCCAGCGGUGGGGCAACAGCUGUCCGUCAUCAUUUCGAAUCAGGUCUUUUCCAUGUUCACCCCAGACCUCUCUGUCAGGAGGAACUACGUCGAGGAUACGCCGGAGUUUCGCUGGACGGUAGCCUCCUCUUUCCUGCUGUCGUAUACCAUGUCAUUACUCUGUUUCUUGACGCUGCCCCUGCUGCCUAUGCAGUCCUUCAAGCUUGCCGGGAGGCUCAAGGCUUCCCAAGAGAUUAUAGCGGAGCAUCACAAAGUCAAAUCGUGGAAGUUGUGGCUGUGGCUUCUGGGGCAGGGAUUGACUGCGGGCCUGGUGUUCUGGCCCAGUGUCUUCCAUUCAAGCUUGUCGAUCGUCAUGCUUUUCCUCCUGGCGGCACCUGCCUUCCAUAGGGACUACUCUGCCUUGGGCUUGGCCGAGGAGCAGCGGCCAGCAAGAUGGUUCUUGACCAUUUCAAUGCUGUUGCGGGUCGGCGUGUUUUUGUCGUUCUACCCUCUGACCCGUGCCAUGCACGUGUUCGGUCGCACGCCCGAAUUCGUGGCACAAGAUGCGCCGAAUGCCGAUCAGCAGCAGGUGUCAUUUGGCGCGAUGGCUUUUGGAAUUGACGAUUGGUUGAUUUUGUGUCUCUUGCUGUGGAUGCUCUUUCUUUCGCGGUGCUUCUGUGUAAGAAACGAUUUCUCUGGUGCUGCAGAAGCAGACCCCAACUUGCAAAAACGUAUUGAAGGCAGGGCCAGAGAGCUGUCUGAACAAAUGCGUAAAUCGGAGCUGCCGCCUACGUGGAAAGAGUACGUUAUGCUGCAUGUCGACAUCUUACUAUUCGUUUGGGAUUUUGUGUCGGAUGGACUCGCAGCAUGGAAAUACUUCGAGCUGGAACUCUACGGCUUCUUGGUGUUCCAGAUAGCCAUUAUUUUCAUGACCCUCUGGGAAGAAACUCGUGUGUGCCGGCGGCUAGGAACUGUCUUGACAGUAUACAGCGCAGUUGCAGAGUCCAGUAUGCUCGGGUGGCCGACAGACAACUUGCUUGCCAUUCUGAUGCAAGAGAAAAUGAUUGAGGCAUUCCCCUCGUUGAUGCUCCUGAGUUUUGCCUCUUCCUACCUGCCACAGAGUGGAGGGCGCCAGCUCUUGGGGUACGACAUUACAUAUCUAUGGUUGGCAUUCACUGUGUUCAAAGUCUUCACGGGCAUCUACAGCUUCACAAAGGCUGCAUAUGUACUUAUGCAUCUAGAUCUGGAUCGGCACAUUGCCGUACAUGUGGAGCGUUUGGGAUUGCCAAGCGCUCCAAGCACGACGCACUCGGCGGGCAUUCCUGCGCAGGAAUUGCACCUCCUCCCACCUCCGCACCGGCUUUUGCACCGGGAAUUACUCCACAGCCCGCGGCUCUUGCACAGCCAUCCACUGCUUCCCAAGGGGGCUUUCCAUGCCUCCACUGCCACCAAUCCAGGCGCCAAUCCAGGUCGUGGCACCAUAGGAAAUGCCCUUAUGACGUUGAUGCCUGCUUCCCUGGACAAGAAUCGCCGGGACAGGCUCGACAUGCUCAGUGCCGAGAUGGACGAGUUGCAUUGCCGCAUGAGAGAUGGUGCAGGCCCUGCUGGAGGCCAUGCCGGGGCCGCGGUCUGCAGGUUCAUGCGACUCCGGAAUCGAGCAGCAUACUGGGUUCACGAUCAGCUCGGUGAUGCGUUGACACCGCCGCAUGAGGCCGGCAUUUGGGAGCAAUGCUUUAAGCCAUGGGUCUUCGUAGGCUUAGCAAGGCCGCCCUGGGUCGACCGGAAGAGGGCGCUCCUCUUCACGACUCGACACGUUAAGCUGAAAGAUCCACGGGAGGAGAAACAGACGCUUGCUCCGGGCUUCAACACAGAGCUGUCUCACCUGCUUGCAAUCUCCAGGCUCGUCGGCUUUCGCGUUUCGACGGUCAAAGGUUGCAAGUUUGACGAGUCCGUGGGCUCAGAUGAGCGCCGGAUGCGAGCUUUUCUUUUGCUCUGUGCUGCAGUCAAGCAGCGCGCCGAGGGCGUCGGCCCUCGUUCGGCCAAGCAGGUGUGGUGGUCGUUCGAGUUCAAGGCUUUGUCCGCGCGAUUUGCUGGUGCCACGUCUGUCAAAGACGUGCCGGACUGUGCUGCUGCAGAAGAUUCGAACGGAAGCCCAUUACUUCGCGCCGUGGUGAGAUUCGUGCUGCAGAAGCACAGCCUUUUCCAGUGCGUCUACAACAACGACCGGGAUACCUUCUCUCGUGUAUGCAACACAUGCAUAGUGGAGCAGUCGGUGGACAGGGGCCAUGACGUGUUCAAGGUUGGCGAGAAAGGAGCUGCCAUGUACGUCGUCAACCACGGCAAGCUGGCAUACGCACUCGGCAUGGACGAUUUGUUCGACCCGACAGAUUCGCAGGAGUGGCUGAACUUGAAAGAGAACAACUUGGCCAGCAUCAUCUCAAGCGGAACAGUGGUGUCCGAG